AUGGACACAUCGCCAGCAUCUUCGGAUCUAGUGUUCGAGAAGAGACCACUUAUCACGACCCUCGCCGGUGAUCCUUCCCUGGGAACGGACAGCCAUCAGAGGCAGCAGUCACCGGUCAGACCGCAGCCUCUGUCGGUCCUCUCUGCGGCCCUGCAGUCGGAAGAGGAGAGAGAUUGCCAAGAGCAACUUGACGGAAGGAGGGUUCGACUGGCGAUGCUGGGCCGCGAACUCAACACGAUGUUGAGGCUCGCCAUCUUCACGUAUCGCCAUUCCGGGGCGGCUGCGAAAGUUGGGUCGUUGCUUGUGCUGCUGCCCACGGAGCGAAAAGCGAGGCAGCAAGCGGAGAUAUUCGCGUCCCUGAGGAGGCCAGACUAUCCUCCUCUCCCUGAUGAACCCGAACCCAUCUGCACCUUUUGA